AAACUUAAAAACAUAUAUAAUAUACACAUAUCAUGAAAAGUUUCAUUGGUUUCUUGUUUGUUUUGAUUUUGGACAUCAAAAUUAUUAUUUUUACAAAUGCAACUCACUUUAUUGUUACUUCUGACAUUUAUGUACCUGCUUCUUCACCAAUUCCUUCAAUUCCAUCAUCGGUAGCUGACAUUUCUUCAGGAAGUGAAGAAAAUGUCAUGAAGCAUCAUAUUACAUCAAGUAAAAAGCUACUUAUUGGGCUUAUUUCAGCUUCUUCUUUAAUGGGCAUCAUUAUUUUGUUCACCAUUUGUUUAUGGAGAUUUCAUAGAAAGAAUAUAUAUGAAUCAAGCAAAAAUGGUGCUAAGAAAAAAGAUUCUUUAAAAGGGCUUCCAUUGAGUUCACUCAUUAGCAAAAGUAACGGCGGUUUAAAGACGAUUAGCGAAAAGGGAAGGGUGGCUGUUAUGGAUUAUAAUCUGUUAGAAUCAGCAACUAAUAAGUUCGGCGAAAGUGAAAUAUUAGGGGUUGGUGGAUUUGGAUGCGUGUAUAAAGCUAAGCUUGAUGAGAAUUGUAGUGUAGCUGUAAAAAGAUUAGAUGGUGGAAGUCAAGAUGCUGUAAAAGAAUUUCAGACAGAGGUGGAUCUGUUGAGUAAAAUUCAGCAUCCAAACAUAAUUACUUUAUUGGGAUAUUGUGUUCAUGAUGAAACCAGGCUGCUUGUUUAUGAAUUGAUGCAUAAUGGAUCAUUGGAAAAUCAAUUACAUGGGCCUUCCAGUGGAUCCAAUUUAACAUGGCAUUGCAGGAUGAAGAUUGCUCUAGACACAGCAAGAGGAUUAGAAUAUUUACAUGAGAACUGCAAACCAUCUGUGAUACAUAGAGAUCUGAAAUCAUCUAAUAUCCUUCUAGAUUCCAGCUUCAAUGCAAAGCUAUCAGAUUUUGGUCUUGCUGUAAUGGAUGGAGCCCAAAACAAGAACAACAUUCAACUUUCUGGGACAUUGGGUUAUGUAGCUCCCGAGUAUCUUUUAGAUGGAAAACUAACGGAUAAAAGUGAUGUGUAUGCAUUUGGAAUUGUACUUUUAGAGCUUCUUCUCGGAAGACGGCCUGUAGAAAAACUAGCAGAAUCUCAAUGUCAAUCCAUUGUCACUUGGGCAAUGCCACAGAUAACAGACAGAUCAAAGCUUCCAAACAUAGUAGAUCCUGUGAUCAGAUACACAAUGGACCUCAAACACUUAUACCAAGUUGCUGCAGUAGCUGUGCUAUGUGUACAACCAGAACCGAGCUACAGGCCAUUAAUAACCGAUGUCUUGCAUUCUCUGAUCCCUUUAGUCCCGGCAGAGCUUGGAGGGACUCUAAGAGUGUCACAAACCAGGCUUUCAGCCUCAAUCGAAUCAUGAUUUCGUCCAUUGCUGUUUGCUUUUCUUCUUUUCAAUCCUUUUAGCCAUUUUCUUAGGUUUUUUAUUUUUAUUUUGUUGGUUUUGUUUUUAAAGAUGAAAACGGGGGGAAAAUGGUUUCUUAGUAAAGUUACUUUUUUGGCGUAGAUGGGUCAUGAAAAGGUGUACUAGGCGAGGGUGGGAAAAGAUCCAUAAACCUGAAAAGUACUCCAAUGUAAAUUAUAACUAAAUGAUAGAUGGAGGAGGUUUUUUUUU